AUGGACAAUGCGCUUUUACCGUCGCGACGACGGCACGUUAGAUCUACGACAACUAUCGUGGACGCCCGCAGUGUCCAGCGGUCCGAGUCCUGUCCCAUUUACAACGGUCCCUCAACACACCGCACACCCUCUAUCUGGACCAGCAAACCUUUCGCAGAGACACCCGGAGCGAGCAGCUCCAGCACUCGAAACACAGCGUCUCGAAUCGUGAGUACGAUGAGGAGACCAUUUAGCACCACUCCCAGAAAGCGGGAUGCGAGCGCCAUGGGGAUGUAUUCUACCCCUGAGGAGAGCAACCUUCCUGCCCCAUCACCCUACAACGUGCGUGAUAUCCCACUUCCCACCAUCCAGCAGAUCGCCAUGGGUCUGCAUGUAUCGCGCACACCACAUCUACGUCCACCACAUUUGGCGCAGCCUUCUCAUGCUCGCAGUCGCUCACGAGGGCAUUCGGACGAUACCCUACCACCAUUCGCCGCCCCGCUGAUGAAAGCAUCAAGCGACAACCGGCACCGCAGGCGAGGCUCUGCGUCCGCUAUCAUGCUUCCGCCACCCCCAGCGCGCUCAUCUCUGAAGAAGCCGAGCACGCCUACACCGCCACGUAGCGCACCGCCGUCAUUGCCUCUGACGCCAUCUGGAUCCGACCUUUCAUUAACGGGUUCGACGCUCACUUCGAGCGCCCCUGUGACGCCACGCUCGAUGCGAACAGCCUCUGUUACUCUCCUUCCUGCUCGGCUGCAGCUUAGUGUAUCAAGGCUGCUCCGAAGCCCUAGUCGGAAGAAUUCAACUGCCAGCUCGACAACGUCGGGCAAGUCGGGCAGUGAGUCGGUUUCAUCCGAACUUACACCGCGGAAGAUGGUACGCUUCACAGUGUCAUCGCAGGAGGGUGAGCUAGACGUCGCAGAUCCUGCACCUCCGCAGUGA